ACUGGCCCGAGGACGCUCCUUCUGGGCGCUUAGUCGGCCGUUUACAGUUAUUAUAUCUCCCACACCGCCCGCUUCUGCCACCCCAACUCUAUUUCUCUUCCCGAGCACCGCGAUUCUCUCCCUCCUCCUCCCCCCUCCCACAUCCCUCCCAGCUGACUCCCCGACUCCCCGACGCUCCCGAGAACACCCAUGGCGUCGGUCAUCCCAGGAUCGUCGUCAUCCGUCCCGCCACAGCAGGACCAUGACACAGCUAUCCUCCCCGUAUCAUGGGAGGGUGACAGCAUGUUUAAUCUCUAUAUCUUCGACUACUGUACCAAACGCGGCUUCACCAAGACAGCCCGCGAGCUCUUCCAGGAGGCGAAACUGUCGUCGGACUCGGUUCCGCCCAUCAACGCAAGGCAAGGUUUGCUCUUCGAAUGGUGGACAGUCUUCUGGGCACUUUUCACAGCAAAGAGCAGCGGAACAGGAACAGACGACGCAAUGGUGUACACCCAGAACAGCCAGAACGCCGCACGCACGGGCAACCCCCGAUUCCCCCAGAGUCGUCCCCAGUUCCCCCCAGCAGGCCCCAACGGCAUUCCGAGGCCCCCAGGAUCGAUGGCUCUCAACGGCAUGCCCAACGGCGUAGGACCCAACGUCGGUGACCCCGGUAGCCGACCCCCAGGAGGUCCACAAGGAGGACCCAUGUUCAACCCGACAGGUCCCUCGGGCAUGCAGCAGCCGAACGGCAUGCAGAUGCCAUCGGGGGGCGGCCCGCCAGGAGGCCUAGGAGGCCCGCCACAGAACUUCGCCAACAUCAUGCCCGGCCAGCAGCGCCCAGGUGGACCCCCACGCGGUAUGCCCGGGUCUGUCGGCGGCGGUCCACCAUACCAGUCCCCGACGAUGGCCAACUCCCCGCAGACGGCAGGGACCCCAGGACACCCCUCGGCGCCGAUGGGCAACCUCGGCCACCCGUCACCGCAUAUGCAGCCCAUGACUCGUCCCGGUGUUGGAGGUGGGAUGAUGCCGCCUAACUCGACGCUCGGGGGCAACGCGCCAGCGCAGACACCGCCAUUUUCCCAGCUCGGUCAUUCUCCGAGCCGACCGGGCACGCCUGGUCAGGGUGGCGGGAUGAUGCACCCGAGCCCCUCGAUGGCGAACCGCCCUGGUCCUCCUGGGCCGAUGAACGAGGCCAUGCUUUCGGCUGAAAUUUCGCGUUUUCCGCCCCCCGAGGUAGCCAUGGUUAAGGCGGAUCUCGGGUAUGCGACGCGUCAGGAACUGACCUUUGAGGAAAAGCAACGUCUGUAUGCGCUCGUUAAGCAGCGCUUGGCGAUGCGCACGGGCGGCAAGCCUGGCAUGCCGGGUGGUAUGCCGGGUCCUGCUGGCCCGUCGAACCCGAAUCAGCAGAUGCAGUCCAUGCACAUGCAGGGACAGAACCACCAGGGGCCACAUCCGCUUCAGCAUGGGCAGUUGCAAGCGCAGCAGCGAGGAGGCAAGCGUAGCAGCACAUCGCCAGGAGAAGAGCAUAACGGGCCUAACACUGAUGGAUCACCGCCCGCGAACAAACGAGCACGCCGCAAUUCCGGAGAACAGCAGCAGCAACAGCAACAGCAGCAGCCCGGCUCUGGGACACCGUACCCCCAGCACCUGCAGCCCGGUCAGCCUGGUGGGCCACCGGGUCCAGGCCCGCAUGGUGGUCCGCAAGGGAUGCCCAACGGUAUGAUGCGGCAUGGUCCUGGGCCGAUGGGCGGCCAGCCGAUGAACUUUGGCGGUCCUCCUCAGGGUCCGCCGGGGCAGGGGAUGAACAGUAUGGGCGGGAUGGGGCAGGGGAUGGGGGGGAUGAGUCCGGCGAUGCAUGGGCAGCGGAUUAUGCCGGGGCAGGGUGGGCCGCAGGGGCAGCCGCCGCAGCAGCACGGCGUGUACCAUGCGCAGAUGGCCAACAUGCACAAGGGGCCGGUGCAGAGUAUGAUGGGCAACAUGGGCCCCAACAGACCCGGAGGAGGGCCGAACUCGGCGCCCGCGGACAUGGCGCAGUUUAACGGUGUCGGUGUUGGCGUUGGAGGCGGUCAGCCUGGUGGACCUGGUGGCGGACCGGGGCAGAACAUGUUCCCGCCUGGAGGAGGACUGCAGAACCCGCGGGUGGCUGCUAAUAAGGGCAUGGGCAAUAUGAUGCCGCCGCCGCCGUCGCCGCGUAUGGGUGGGCCGCCGGGAAAGGAUGGGAAUAAGGAUAUGAAGCCUGGUGGGGGUGGGGGACCGCAGGGCGCGCCGGAGGGGUCGCCGAGGAAUCCGCCGAUGGCUGGGCAUGGGCAGGGGCCGCCCGGGGGACCGGGGGGACCGCAGGGGCAACAGGGGCAGGGGCAGCAAGGGCAGGGAGGACCAGGGCAGCAAGGGCAGGGGGGGACGGCGCCGCCGACGCCGAGCGGGACUGCGUCGAGUAUGACGAAUCCGUCGCCGUCGCCUGCGAUGGCGCAUAAUAAUGUGCCGCAGGGCGGGCCUGGUGGUCCUCCUGGCGGCGGAGGUCCUGGUGGUCCUGGGCCGCAGGGUCAACCGGGUGGACCGCAAGGUGGGCCUCAGCAGCAGCAGCAGCAGCAGCAGGGAGGCGGGAUGAACGGUCAGCCAGGGCCACCGGGGCAGCAGCAACAGGGGCAGGGGCAGCAGCAGCAGCAGCAAGCCCCGAUAGACCUGUUCGACACGAACAUGAUGACGCAGAUGGCAAGCUCGCUUGACAAUUUCCCGGACAUGUUUAUGCCUGGGCAGGAUGGGCAGAUCGAUUUCGAGCGAGAUUUCGCGGACUGGUUCAAUAUGCCUGGGGCGACGGAUAUGCCAUCGUCGUCGUGAGCUGUGCGCGUUGUGUGUUUUCGGCUUCGUCCUCUGCUCCCUGCUCCCGCUCGCUAUGAAUUUUUCAGUUAUCUCAUCCCGGUUCGACGGUGCUAUGUCUCGUCACGUUGCUCUGCUCUUACACCCCCUUCUUGUCUGGCGCCUUCUCCCGCUCGCUCCCCGUCGUCUCGGUUUCCCGCUCUCAAGCUCUGUCCUCACUCGAUCGGUUGAACUCUGUAUUAUCAUCAGGCCAUACCUAAUUUCCUCCUCGCCUCGGCUCGUGUUUCGCGUUUUCUUCUGUCUUUUUUCCUCCUUUUCUUUUCUCCCGUCUCAUUUGUCGCUGUCUAUCUCGUCAUUAUUUAUCAACCUUUUUUUCUUCUUCCUCAAAAUUUGCUGCUUGUCAGCUUAUCAGCCCCCCUUGCCUACUUUUUCUUUCUUUCUUUCUUUUCUUUGUCGGUAUCGCACCAUUGCACCAUCGUACGCACUCCGUUUUGAUCGUUCCGGUUUGAAUGAUGAUGGGGAUGAGGAUGAGGAUGAGGAUGAGGAUGAGUAUUUGGAGGCAGGUUCAGUUAGCCGGCGGUCCUCCUUGUCACUGCGCGUGCCCGCUUCUUCUACGUUACAUGUUUUUGUUGCGUGUAUAUCCGUUCAACUUUUGUUUUCCGUAUCGCUGUUGCGCAUUAUUGUUCGCGGUCGCGUUUCGUGUAUGCUCGGCGGCGGGAUGCAGAGGACUUGGAACUUGAAAGUGUGGGGUUGAACUUUGCCGUGUUGUGCCGUGGGCAAUGGGACGUGGACUGUGCAAAUGGUAUCAUGCUGCGAUUGGUACAGUACAUAAAUAUUCCUUUCUUUUUUCCUACGUACAGAAUUUCAUACUUGUGCUGUUGGUUUGUUUGUUUGUUUGUUGCCGUGCGUGUAUAAGUACCGUAUAAUCU